AUGUUAGCGCAGCAUGCCUCACGCCUGCCGGCUGCAGAGUGGCUACCAUGUGGUUGCAGUGGGUGAUGGCAGAGAUUCCCUUUUGCAUUGGG